UUCAUCGAAAUUUAUAAAAUUUCUUCUUCAAUUCAAUUGGGGCUUGCUUCAAUUAUAUUUCUCCGACCAAGAAAUUCUGGGUUUUUGAAAGAACCCCGACAAUGGCGUGGAACGUGUUCAAGUUCUGCACAGCACUUCGCGCCUUGGGUUCGAUCAUGAUCUUAAUUGUUAUCGGGAUCAUCGGAUUCACAUACUACGCCGUUGUCGUCGUGAAUUACGGACCAGCUCUAUUGAUCGGUGGUGUCGAUUCAUUACUAGCUCUUCUUGUUUUAGCUCUGUUCCACUUUCUGCUUAUAAUGCUAUUGUGGAGUUAUUUCUCUGUUGUUGUGACGGACCCUGGUGGUGUUCCAACGGGUUGGAGGCCAGAAUUAGACGUAGAGAAAAGCGAUGGAAACCAAGCUUUGAUUGGAGAAGCUAACUCAUCACUUUCGGUUGGAGAUUCCUCGUCUCAUGGUGUAAGAUACUGUCGAAAGUGCAAUCAAUAUAAACCGCCUCGGUCUCACCAUUGUUCAGUGUGUGGAAGAUGCAUAUUAAAGAUGGACCAUCACUGUGUUUGGGUUGUAAAUUGUGUUGGGGCAAUGAAUUACAAGUCUUUUCUCCUAUUCUUGUUUUACACAUUUCUUGAGACCACGGUGGUUGCAAUAUCACUAUUGCCAGUUUUCCUCGUAUUCUUCACCGAUGGAGAUGGUGAUAUAACCGUAUCACCAGGAAGCCUAGCAGCCAGCUUUGUUGCAUUUGUAUUGAACAUAGCAUUUGCGCUAAGUGUCCUAGGCUUCCUAAUUAUGCACAUAAUGUUAGUCGCUCGUAACACCACAACUAUUGAGGCGUAUGAGAAGCAUACAGUUAACUGGCCAUACAACGUUGGUCGUAAGACAAACUUUGAACAGGUUUUUGGAAGCGAUAAAAUGUACUGGUUCGUGCCAUUGUACACCGAAGACGAUAAGAAGAAGUUGCCAGCACUUGGAGGGUUAGACUUUACGAGCAGGUCGGAGUCCGAGACAGAGCCACUUCAGUCUCUAUGACCUUAAAACUCGAAAUUUUGGAAGUGUGUGUGUCUGCUUUGUGUAUGUAUCAAUAUAUAUCUUGUCUUGUGUAUUAAAGAUUAGUGCCUUUUGUGGAAUGUUUCAUUUUUGUGAAAUGAAUUUUCUCAAGCU